AUGGGCUUCCAAAUACCCACAGAGGAGAGUCAUCUCGUCAUGAAGUUCACAGGUGAAAUUGAAGACACCUCAUAUUCCAGGAAAACGAUCACAGAGAGCGAAUGUCAAUGUUGCACAAGCACCGAAGAAGACGACGUGCGAUCGAUGCUGGAAGGAUUCAGCGUGGCGCAAAAGAUGAAAUGGGCUUCCAAACGAAAGACGACGCGAGAAGAAGACAUCGCCUACUGUCUGAUGGGGCUAUUCGACGUGAACAUGCCCCUGUUGUACGGCGAAGGGAAGAAAGCUUUCUACCGACUACAAAAAGCUAUCCUUGGCAUAUCGUCAGAUCAUUCCAUAUUAGCUUUCCGGUCGGAUCCGUCAGAGGAUCUCGUUGCCGAACAGUCGCCGUUACUAGCACCACACCCUAUAUUCUUCCGCGAUGAGAUACUGAACAUGCACAUGCCGGCUCGCGGUACGCACACUACUCUUGCAGGGACUACACUAUCUGUCGAGAUGCUCAUAUGUCCGCUGGAAGGCAACGGGAUAGCUCGCGACGAAUACCUUGGCAUUCUGGACUGCUCAAUAGAUGGAGAUCCCUCCAUGAGACCGGCUAUCUUACUGUCACCUGUGCAUAGAAAGAAGCUAAUCUUCCGGCGAAGUUCCGGUGAUGUCAGUCUCUUCCGGCUAGGGUCAGAACAACUCUCAGAGGCUGUACUAAUAACCGACCAUCAGCUGGAACCCGAAGAGUUCCAUAUGCUGGACGAUUCUGCGUUGAUUGGUGGAAAGCCUCUCCUGGACAACUCCAAUGCAACAUCUCAGCAGGCCUACAACCAGGAGACUGUGGUGUGA